AUGUUAUCACUACCCUCAGCAAAGAAUAACAACAAUGAUUCAAAUAUCGUUGAUUUAUUAUAUCAUUUAUGUAAAGAAAAUGAAAUAGAAAAAGUUCGAAGUAUUCUACCAUAUAUUAACAAUAUAAAUAUUAUAAAUACAAUUCAAAAUUCAACAGGUUCAACAUGUUUGCAUAUAGCAUGUUAUUAUGGACAUCGACAUAUGGUACAACUUUUAUUAGACUAUGGAGCUCUACAUUCCAUUAGAAAUUUACGACACAAUUUAACACCUUAUGAAGAAGCAUAUACAGAUGAUAUAAAACAACUAUUUGUACAACAUGGCAAAUUAUUUUCAAAUAAUAAUUUUGAUUAUGAUUAUAUUGAAUGGUCAGUAGUAGGAGAUGAUCUCCUUGGAAAACGACGUGAAUUUCGUCAAGCUAUUGAUUUAUAUAAAAAUUAUGAUAAUCAUAAUUUAGUAUCAAAAUUAUUAGCUGAAGUUAUUCAUUAUUAUUUAAAUGAAUAUCUGAAAAAUGAAAGUAAUGAUGCUGGCAAUCCAGAAGAUCAAAUUACUCGUGAACAAAUUGAAACUAUUGAAGGAUAUUUUAAAGAAGCUAUAGAAAAACAAGAUUAUUUAACACAUUUUGUAAAAGCUUAUACAUUAACAAAUUGUUUUUACAAAGUAUUAAAUAAACAUUUAGCUCUCUAUAUAUUACAAUAUUUUGAUAACACAAAAGACUUUUCAUCAAAUUAUCGUCUUGUCAAUUGUCUAGUUCACAUUGUUACACUCUUAAUUUAUCAUCCAAAUUUGCCUCAAUAUCGAUAUCAAGGUAUAUGUUAUCGUGGUAUGAGAAUAACACAAAAUGAUUUAAAUCAAUAUCUUUCAAAUCAACAUAUAUUAAAUCGUUCAUUUUUAUCAACAUCAAUUGAUCGUGAAGUAGCUGAAAUGUUUGCUGGUGAAGGUCAACAAUCUAAAAUGAGAUAUACUCCCAAAAAUCAUUGUGCAUUACAAUAUUCAUGUUUAUGUCAAUAUUUAAUAAAACAAAACUCAACAGCUAUCAAUAUACAAAGUUUAUCAUCAAGACCGGAUGAAAAAGAAAUUUUAAUUCUUCCAUUUACCGUUUUUAAAGUCAUAGCAAUCAAACAAAAUUAUCUUAAUAAUCCAACAGCAUCAAUUUCAAUUGAAAUUGAAUUAGAAGAAUGUGAAGAUUCAAAUGAUAAUAAAAAUGAAUCGGAAAAUAGUCAAACAUCAAGAACAUCAUCAUUAUCAUCAACUAGUGAUGACAUAAAAGAUGUCGAAGAAUAUCAAACAUUCAAACAACGAAAACGUUGUCUUUAUAGUAUCAUUAGAUUUUUGAUGUUCGCUAUUCUUUUGGGUUUAACUUUUAUGUUCAUUUUUAUUUUCGUUAUUCAUCAAGUAACGCGACGCAAAUAUCGCUAA